AUGAGCGACACUUCAUCCAUAAAAAUUUCGAGGGAUGAAGAUAUUGGAUAUGCAGAGAAAAAGAAUAAGGAGGAUUAUCCACUAAAUAAGAAGAACAAAGGAAAUAAUAAUAAAAGAGUUAAGAAUAACAAAUAUGAACUGGCAAAUGUGAAUAAUAAAACAUCAUUAAGUGUUGUAGAAAAUAAAAAGAAUGAAAAAAUUCUUAUAUAUGAAAAUAACGAUAUUGUAGAAUAUGAUUACAACUACUUUUUUGACGAGCAGAAGAAUAAUAAGCAUGUCGUAUUACAAGAAGAAGAUUAUUUAAGUACCUUAGAAUACUUAAUUGAAAAAAAGUUUUUUCCUGAAAUGGAAAACUUAAGGUUGAAAGAAGAUAUGUACAAAAGUAAUUUAUUAAAAAAAAAUAAUAUAAAUGAUUCAAAUGUAAACAAAUUUAACAGCGAUGUUGAAUCUUAUCAUUUUUCUAAUAAUAUGGACAAUAAUACUAGUGAUCAUUUUAAAUAUAUAAAAAAAAAAAAAAAAAAAGAUCCAUAUGGAAACAAUUAUAAUGACGAAUAUGUAGAUAUCCAAAGUGAAAGUAGCAGCGGAUAUAACAAAAAAGAAAAUAUAAAAAGAAAUAAUAGUAAUAAUAAAAAUAAUAUGGAAUUGUUAAAAUAUUUUGAGGAAGACGAAAAUUAUAGCUUAGUGAAUUAUGCUCAUAGUGAUCAAGAAUACAUUAAAGAAAGAAAAAAAAAAAAAAAGUAUAAAAAAGUGAUAUUAGCAAAUGGAAAAGAACAUAAAAUCAAUUUAAAUAUAAGCUUAAGUGAAUUUCAAAAAAGAUAUACAUCUGAAGAUAAUAAAUCAUUUGAAUAUUUAUUAAGAAAUAUGAAAAAUAAAAGUAUUGAGAAAAACUUUUUUUCUAUUGAUAAAAGAAAGAAACAUAAUUUAAAAAUGGAUAUGAUAGAGGAAUAUACAAAAAAAGGUAUACCACAUAAUAUAAUAAAUACAAAUAAAGCUGAUGAACAAGAUUAUGCUAUGAUGUUUUCUUCCAGCUAUAAAAUAAGUAAUGUAGAGUCGAUGAAAAAUGAUAAUCCCACUAUAUAUUAUCAUAACACACGAUUUAAUAAUGAAUACAACAAUGAUAUAAAAAGACAAAUUAAUCGUAUUGAUGAUAUUAGAGAACAAAAAUUAUUAAACAAAGAAAAAGAUAGAAAACAAGAACAAAUGAUUGAGCAAGGAAAAUUUAAUUUAUUAAAAAAUAAUGAUACCUAUGAAUAUGUAAACACACCUUUAAUACAAGCAGGAAAAGGUGUUGAUCAAAGUCCCAUAAUAACAUGGGGCAAAAUUAUAUCUACACCUAAAUUGGUACAUGGUAAAAAAGAUGAUGAUGAUAAAAGUAUUCAUAAUAAUAAUGAUUAUAAUAAUGAUUAUAAUUAUAAUUACAAUAAUGAACUUGACGACAAUAGUCAUGAUCCAGAAUCUAUACAAAAAGAAUUUAAUUUACAAAAAAUUAAUAAUCGAGAAUUAGUUGCUCAAAAACUACAAAAUAGUAGGAAAAACAUUAAAUAUAAUAAAGAUAUUUUAAAAAAAAAAAAUAUAAAUUUUUUAAUAAAUAAAAAUUUCACUUCUCAUAUUUCAUCAUCAUCAUUCAAAAAUUCUGUUCUCUCAAGGUAUAGUCAAAAAAGAUUAAGUGAGCUAGCUAGAAAAUCAUCACUAGCAUCACAAAUACUUACGAAAAAGAAAAAAUAA